UGAGCUACAAAAAGCUAAAUUAUUUCAAGAGUAUUUUUUUCAAAAUUUAAAUCUUUGUAAUUAAAUUCAAAAGCGAUGAAGAAUGAAUUGCGUAAUUUGUACUUAUUGGCUCUUUUCACCACGGGUUUGACGGUAAUAAUGGAUACGGGAUUCGGACCGGAAAUUAAUAUUGAGGAGUCAAGUGGUUUCAACGAGGCUCUAGGAACGUGUCUUUCGAAAAAAAUUUACGGUACUUUCGAGUGCAUAAAUCGGGGUGCUCUGAGUACUCUUCAAUUGUGGAAUGAGAAGGAUGAAAUCGAUUUUGGGGAGAUGCGUCUGGAAAGAAGCGAAGGUCAGGGACGUAACCUUCUUGACCUGAAUGAAGAUCCGAAAGACUUCGGAAAUGUUAUAAAGGCUGCUUCCACGCUGAUGGAGCGUAGAAAUCUGAGGUGGGAUUUGGGAAACAUGUAUCCUGGAUUACAGAUGCGAGUAGGGCCUACUUUAAAUGGAAAUGGAAUGCUCGAAUUCGUGUUGGACGAACGGGUAUCGAAAUUUAACGACAGACAAGCAGGUGGAGUUGGUAGGACCCUGGUAAAGCAAGUUCUGUUACCCUUCCUCUUGGGGUUCAAGUUCAACCUAGUCUCGCUGAUUCCUCUGAUCUUCGGAAUUCUUCUCUUGGUUACCAAGAAGGCCCUGAUUCUGACGAAGGUUGCAAUGUUACUUACUGGUUUGUUGGGAUGGAAUUCUAUUUUUUCUGGUGUAUCUGGGGCAACCGGGGGAAAUUUAAAUGAAUAUGAUCACGGACAGGAAACGCUAGGAGGUAAUUAUCCCUAUCAGCAAUUGCCUUUUCGACCAUUUGGAGGAUCACAGAGUUCCGGAAUCACUCCCUAUGGACAUGUUAUUCGCGAAGUGGUCAACGUUUAUGAGCCAAAUUCUGAACUUGAGCAAGAGGAUCAAAGCUCGAGGAAUGGCAAAAAUUUCGUCUGGGCUAGAGAAGAAUGCAAACUAGCAGGUGGAGUGGUGGAAGGAGUUAGGGUAGGAGAAGUUAGGAUAUGGUCACUCUCAUAUGCAAAUGGCAUAGUUCUGCCAGCAAAGAGCGAAGAGGCUUUAAAGGAAAUGAUGAACAGAUUGAGAAGAUACUUGGACAAGAAAAGGUUAGAGUUAAAUGCGGAAAAUUCGAAGGUUAUGGUUUGCAGAAAAGAAGGUGGGAUAGAUAAGGGAGGCCAGUGGAGAUGGAAUGAAAAGGCGGUACAGGAAUGGCUGAUGCAGAAGGUACGCGUACUCUGCCUCAUCUGCCUGCAGAUUCUGGUCCUUUCUGACCUAGCUCAAGGUAAAAAUGACUACAUCAAAUUUUUCGAAAAGUGUACAACGGAGAAGAACACAUUCGACUGCUUUAAAAGAAGAGCCGUUGAGGUUCUUGACUCUGCGAUCAAGGACGAAUCUCUUUAUGUGAUCAAUGAUUACGUCUCCAUUGCUAAAGAUCCAAACGUGAAGUAUAGUGAUGAAGGACAGGAGAAUGCAACGGAAAGAAGCUUGGAUCAGGAGCUCGAUAGCAAAUUCCAUGAAUACCUUUCAUCUAGGAGUGUUCAACUCACUAUUCCUGGUGGUAGCUUCGAAGGACGUGGGAAAAAGAAGGGUAAAGGAUAUGGAGGUGCUAUAAUGAUGGCUGGAAUGGCAAUGGCAGGAGUCUUGGCACAAUUGGCCUUUGGAAAAAUAGCCUUCCUCGCAGGAACUGCUUUGCUGACUGCGAAAAUUGCUCUUGUUUUAAGCGCCAUCAUCGGACUGAAGAAGUUGGUUUCAGGCGGAGGUGGUGGACACGAAGUAAUUUAUGCUACGGCUUCUGAACACCACGGAGGAGGAGGUGGAGGUGGUGGUGGUUAUGGCGGAGGGGGCGGUUGGCAACGAGCUCUUGAAGCGAUAACACCUACCUUAAGAUUAUCGAGCUCUCCUUCUCCUUCUCCUUCGAUAGCCUCCUGCUUCUUCAUGUCCUCCAUGAUGUUCGUAAUCGACGCUCGUGCUAAAUCAAUGAAGAUGGAUAGUCGAAAGUGUCUGUUUCUACUGCUGGUUUUGAGUGCAACGACCUCAUUUGUGGCAUCUUCAACGACUGGUGAUGAUAAUGUGUUGGAGAAGGGCUACAGAACCUUGUAUAGGGUCUACGAGGAGUGCCAAAUUCGAAACGUGGGUGUUUCACCUUGUUUAAAGAAGAAGGCAAUAGACUUCUUUGAAAGACUUGGACGUAUCGAUUCUCUGCCAAUUGCUGAUAAUCUGGAAUUAGUGAGAGCACCGGAUGCUCCUGAACCAACAGAAUCACCGAAUGUUGCGAAUUUAGAAACAACUUUGGGAAGAACAUCUGGAGCGUCGAAGGAUGAGGUCCUUAAUGAUAUUCUGUUUGAACGUGUGGCUAAUUUGAUGAACGGAUUUAAUGUUCAGAUCAGAUUGCCGAAGACUUCUUCAAGUGAAUUGAAGAGGAGCAUUGAAGAAGGUAGAGGAAAAAUGAAGAAGAUGAUGGGCAUGAUGAUGAUGGGUAUGGCAAUGAAGAUGGCGGCGAUGGUACCUAUUGCUAUGGGUGUGCUCUUUUUGCUUGCUGGAAAAGCCCUUAUCAUCAGUAAAAUCGCUUUAGUUUUGUCAAUGAUCAUUGGAUUAAAGAAGCUUUUGGGACAACAAAAAAGCGGUGGUGGUGAUCACGGAGGAUGGCAGCAGGGAGGUGGUGGUGGCGGCGGAUGGGACCGAAGUCUCAAGGGAGUUUUAAAUCCUUUGAACAUGGAACUUUCGGACUCUGAUCGUCAAUAUGCACAAAAUCUUGCAUAUAGUGGGGCGAGACAGAUGCCGACGACACAGAAAUAGUGAUUUUUCUAUACUUUGUAAACUUUUCUGAAAACUAACGAAAUUAACGAUUAACAUUCCGAGGUGGUUCCCUUGGUGAUGGACUCGUCACGUUUAAAAAUGCAUUUUUAAGAAAAAGACUGCUGCAUUCUUUGGUGACAUUUCAAAAUUCUGUAACGUAAUGUGCGACGGUUUGUUAUUGCACACUUGAAUGUGAUUUACUUUAGCCGAAGCGACGGAAUUCUCUUACUCUAUUUCUUAAUUCUCUGCGAUUGUAGGAAGGAACUCGAAAACUACGAAAUUUGUCAGUCUAAUCGCAUUUUUUUACUCUCCAUUAUUCUAAUUUAUAUACACUUCAUUUCUAACUUCUACACAAACCGAUAAUCUAUGUUCGAAAUUGUUAAAAAAUUAUCAACAUUCAUUAUGUGUAUUUAAUUCUCACUUUGGCGUAUCACCAACGACGCAAAUAUUUAUUUAUAUUAUAGAGAAAUUAGGGACGGAAAUAAUUGGUGAUACAGCUAAGUUGAAAAUAUUAAACGCUUUAGAAAAAAUGCUUCUAUAUAAUUUUUCUAAACGUUCUAUAACUAUUUAUCAAUUAUUGACAUUAGUACUAGAAUACCACAGAAGACUACUGAUAAAUCUACUGACUGUGUCUUUUCAUUUCGGGAUAAGUUCGAUUUAUUUAUGUUCAAACUCGGAAUAGCAUUCGUUGAUAUUAGUACUAACCCACGAAUCGGUAACAGAGUUGGCGAAAAUACCGAUAGCAGUUGUAAAAUAGGAACAAAAGAUAAUGACAGGCGCCUCGAGUUUCUUUUCCCCUCGAGUUUGUCGAAGAAAAAUAUUUGAGGGAGAAAGAGAAUCGAUUGCGUGCAAAAGACUUGAUGUACCCACGGGUUUAAUAACACUAAUCGCUUAACGGAAUCGAGAAAGACAUGUACAUUGAUCGCAUCAAAUUGCGGAAUUUCUCUCUCAUGUAACUCAUCUUUCCUGAAUGUUGAAAACAAUGCGAAACGAAUUCGAAAUUACUAUAAAAAACUCCUAUAUGUUUAGAAAAAUAAAUCUGUUUUGUGUUUGAUUUUAAAAUAAAUUAGGGUUAGAGACUUGUAUUUGUAUGUAUAUUUUCACUUUGGUUUUAAUUGAUGCACUAAGAAUUCAUCUAAGAUAAAAUUGCAAAUCUGCCUCCAAGUUUUUAUAAGUAAGGGUACAGGCCCGAAGUGCCUGUCAGCGUAUACGCGUAUCUCGAUAUUAAUCGAGCGUUAACAGUAAUAUUUAUUCUUAAUUGUAAGUCGAUGUAAGACGAUGUAAAGCCAUUGCAAAAUAAAGUCAUUUGUUUUUAUCAA